UGUGCUGUGACUGUCGCUGUCACCCGCGCUGCCUCCGGUACCCGCGGCUUGGACAGGAGGCGGGCGGUGCGCUCCGUGUGGCCGGACACUCCAGGGACUUCCCCAAGAGAGCUGUGGAGGCUCGCCUCCCAGUGCUCCUCUGUUGCCCACGGGGAGCGCUGGCGAGAGGUCGCCGGUGAACUUGGGUCGAAAAAGUUGAAUUGAGCAUUAAACUUCCGAACAGGUUGACUCCUAAAGGCACUGACGCCAGGGAGAUGUGUGAGACAAGGACGUGCUCCAUGUUCGUGCAGGCUGGGCUCUGUUGGGUUUGGCAGGUGCCGGUGAGCAGGGCGCGGGCGGCCUCUCGGGAUGGGGCUUUUGUGGGCGGCAAGAGCGGCUGCUCCUUGGCUUGCGUUCGGCCACCCUUCGCGGGUACCAGCAAACAGCCAGGACAAGCAGGGACACCGAGGGGCCGCUGCCGCCGGCGGCAGGCUGCCCCGGCCCGGGAGCCAUCUUGUGAGCGGGGCUGGCGCUGCCCGAGCACCGCGGGCCGCCCGGGCUCAGGAGCGGACUCGAACCCGGACCCUCACCCGAGCCGGCCGCCCGGGCAGGCGGAGACGGGCGGGCGGCUAUCGGUGCCUCCCCCCGGCGGCACUUGGCAGCCGCCCGCGGGCAGUGGGGGAGGGCAGCUGGGUGGUGGCGGAGGAGGAGGGGAGCGGAGGCGGGGACCAGCCGGCCCCGGCCCGGCCCAGCCCAGCGCGUUGCCCCGGCCGGACACGGCGCCCGGGGCGGAGAUGGCGGACGAGCCGCAGAAGAAGUCGCACUUGUCGGCCUUGGUGGGACACACGAACGGGCUCACCAAGCCCGCCUCGCUGACCGCCAGCCGCUCUGCGGGAGGGGGAGGAGGAGGCGCGACCGCCUCCUCCAAGAAACUCGUGAUCAAGAACUUCAGAGAAAGACCCAAAUUACCCGAUAAUUAUACUCAGGACACCUGGCAGAAACUUAAUGAAGCGGUGGGAGCCAUACAGAGUAGUAUUUCUAUUAAAUACAACCUUGAAGAGCUCUACCAGGCUGUUGAAAAUCUCUGUUCCUACAAAGUCUCUGCUACACUGUACAAACAACUGCGACAAGUCUGUGAAGAACAUGUGAAAGCACAAAUCCUUCAGUUUAGAGAAGAUUCUCUGGAUAGUCUUUUAUUUUUAAAGAAGAUAAAUAAAUGCUGGCAAGAUCAUUGCAGACAAAUGAUCAUGAUCAGAAGCAUUUUCUUAUUUUUGGAUCGUACAUAUGUGCUUCAGAAUUCAGUGCUUCCUUCUAUAUGGGAUAUGGGGCUAGAGUUGUUUAGAAACCAUAUAAUUAGUGACAAGCAAGUUCAAACCAAGACUAUUGAUGGAAUUCUCCUGCUGAUCGAACGAGAGCGAAAUGGUGAAGCUGUGGACAGAAGCUUGCUGCGGAGUUUGUUGAGCAUGCUCUCGGAUCUGCAGGUUUACAAGGAAUCAUUUGAACAGAGGUUCCUAGAAGAGACAAAUUGUUUAUAUGCUGCAGAAGGCCAAAGAUUAAUGCAGGAAAGAGAGGUCCCAGAAUAUCUUCACCAUGUUAAUAAACGUUUGGAAGAAGAAGGAGACAGAGUUAUAACAUAUUUAGAUCACAGCACACAGAAACCACUGAUUGCUUGUGUGGAGAAGCAGCUACUAGGAGAACACUUAUCAGCUAUUUUGCAAAAAGGACUUGAUAGCCUGCUCGAUGAAAAUAGAAUAUCAGAUUUGACCCAGACAUACCAGCUGUUCAGCCGGGUAAAAGGUGGGCAGCAGAUCCUUUUGCAACAUUGGAGCGAAUACAUCAAGAACUUUGGGACAACAAUAGUGGUUAAUCCUGAAAAAGACAAGGAUAUGGUGCAAGAGCUACUAGAUUUUAAGGAUAAAGUGGACCAUAUCAUAGAAGUGUGCUUUCAGAAAAAUGAAAAAUUUAUAAACUUGAUGAAGGAGUCCUUUGAAACAUUUAUCAACAAGAGACCAAAUAAGCCUGCAGAAUUGAUAGCAAAAUAUGUGGAUUCCAAGUUAAGAGCUGGUAAUAAAGAAGCAACAGAUGAAGAGUUGGAAAGAAUCCUUGACAAAAUAAUGAUCAUAUUUAGAUUCAUUCAUGGGAAAGAUGUGUUUGAGGCAUUUUAUAAGAAGGACUUGGCCAAAAGACUGCUGGUUGGAAAAAGUGCAUCAGUAGAUGCUGAGAAGUCCAUGUUAUCAAAGCUUAAACAUGAAUGUGGUGCUGCUUUUACCAGCAAACUGGAGGGCAUGUUCAAAGACAUGGAACUGUCCAAAGAUAUCAUGGUACAGUUUAAGCAGAUGAUAAAGCUUCAAGAGGUAUUUAAAACCUUUUACCUUGGCAAACACAGUGGUCGAAAACUUCAAUGGCAAACCACUUUAGGACAUGCUGUCCUAAAGGCAGAAUUUAAGGAAGGGAAGAAGGAGUUUCAAGUAUCACUCUUUCAGACAUUAGUAUUGCUUAUGUUUAAUGAAGGAGAUGAAUUCAGUUUGGAAGAAAUUAAAAUGGCUACUGGUGUAGAGGACAGUGAAUUAAGAAGAACGUUGCAGUCUUUAGCUUGUGGAAAAGCACGAGUAUUGAUCAAAAAUCCAAAGGGCAAGGAUGUAGAAGAUGGAGAUAAAUUCAUCUUUAAUGGAGAUUUCAAGCAUAAAUUGUUUAGAAUAAAGAUCAACCAGAUUCAAAUGAAAGAAACAGUUGAAGAACAGGUCAGCACAACUGAAAGAGUAUUUCAGGACAGGCAAUAUCAGAUUGAUGCUGCUAUUGUACGAAUAAUGAAGAUGAGGAAGACUCUUGGUCAUAAUCUUCUUGUUUCUGAAUUGUAUAAUCAACUGAAAUUUCCUGUAAAGCCUGGAGACUUGAAAAAGAGAAUUGAAUCUCUCAUUGACAGAGACUAUAUGGAGAGAGACAAAGACAACCCCAAUCAGUACCACUAUGUUGCAUAAAGGAGAAGAAUAGUUUUAUUUUUAAAAAUUGAAAAACUUAAAAAUAAAAACCAAAAUCAUCCACAUAUAUCUUUAAGACACCAAAUACCUAUGCUGUUCCAGACUUUCCUUUUAGCAGAUUGAUCAGGUUGAUCUAUUUUGUUCAACCAGCUGCAUGCACUGCUGUGGAAAAGAAGCAAAAUGACAUGUUAAUUGAUCACCUUUGUCAAGACUUCUUACUCAUUUUAAAUGCCCUGGGUUUUUUUUUCCCUUUAGUUAAUCUUUUGUUCUCUUGGGUUCUUCAAAAUUUAGUUGUACAGUUUUGUUUAACAACGUCAUUGAAGUUGGAUGGAAAGGUAAAAUUACCUGUGUGAGAAAUGCUUUUGUCAUGAAUGCAAGUCUGGUUUCUUAAUUUAGGUGUUCCUAACUGCAUUCAUAAAGUCCCUAUAAAUGCUGCAUUCUUUAGCUACAGUUACAAUUUGGGUAACUUUUUAAAAACCCUUCAUUGAUAAACAUGUAUGUACAAGCAGUGUUGUUGAAAUACACUGAAGUUUUGCACCAUAAAAACCCUUAAACUUGUGUUCAGUUAAUAUUCUUUCAAGUUAUUACAAACUUCAGUCUGGUUUGUAUAAAUCAGGUUUUGAAGUGAGAUUCUUGAUGUGCCAAGAGGACAACUGCAUUCAUGUGUGUACUGAGCUGUUGGAUUAUUUAGCUAAAAUAUGGAUUGUUCUAUAAUUACUACUUCUGCUGGCUUGGGUGGCAAAGAUUAGAUCCGAGUCAAUGAGGCCCUACCUCAUUUUAGGGCAGCAGGUGUAUUUCACUGUUUCUGUAAUUGCCGUAAUAUUGAGUUCUGCCUUGAAAAUAACAUCCAGGGAACCUACUGUACAGUGUGCUCUACUUUAAGAAAACAAAAACUUUUUUUAAAAAAUACUUUUAUGGUCUCAAUAUUGGGAAAGCAUAGCUUUUUGUCUUGAAAGACUAAGAACUUUGUGAGUACUUUGUUACAUAUUGUACAUAUGUAAGUUGAUUUGAAUUAAAGAGUGAAAGACACUGUAGAUCUGUUAGAUAACUGUAAGGAAGAUACCUUUCCUGGCAAUACUUGCAAGACUGUUUAUUUUCCUGAUUUGUCUACUGGUAUGUUUCAUUCUGAAAAAGAGCUACCAAAGGAGUUUUCAUCACUACAUAAAGGAGAAUUUAGCUAAGCAAUAUUUUCUUGAGAGAUACCUUACUAAGUUUAUGUAACAUGGAGUUUGUGCAUCAAUUAAAAGGCCACUUCUUAAAGUGAACAAUGCUAUGAGGUGACAACUUGUGGAACUACAUAUUAAAAGUCCUUAUUCUGUCCUUUGAUGUUAUUAAUUUUAUUGCAUUCUGAAUUAUUUUUGUUCCCUUUGUGUUUGGAGACUAAACACGUUUAGUUUAUUGUAUUUAAAGCAUAUUUAAUAUUAUAAUUUAAUGUAGACUUAUUUUAAUAUUUGAAUCUUCAGUUAAUGCAAAUAAAAUCUUUGAUGCAUAUUAAGUAUUAA